UCGGGGCCCGCCUCGCCGUGGACGCGUGCCAAAAUGUGUUGUUUAUGCACGCGGCGGACCAAUGGGCGAGGAGAGCAGGGGGCGUGGCAUUGGUUUGGAGGAAAGAGGCAAAACAAUCUUUUUUUCAUCCUCCUGACCGGGCGGCGUUUUGGAGAGAUCAUCGGUCGUGGUGGCGACGGUGGUGGGGGAAGAAAAAGAAACUUUGCAUGUAGAGUAGAAUAGAAGUCAAGUGACAGACCAGUCCAAUCAAUUUGCGACAAUCCUGAUAAAUGUAUCCAACUCCAGCAUUUUGCACUAAAAUCUAUAGAAAGCUGGUUUUCUUUCUUUAGUCUCCACUCGCCCGGUCUGAAAAAAAAAAAAAUAAUGGAUUCCAGAUACAUGUUGGAGCAGUCGUCGGCCGGGACGAGGGUCGGCGUCGGCGGGGCGGAUUUCAACUGCCGGGCGGGCCGCUCCGUGAUCCGCGACAGCCGGGUCGCCGCGGUGGAGAGAAGAAGCGGCCCCAUGCCGGCGUACACACACGGGCCUGUGCUCUACAAAUUCGUAAUGGACGUCGGCUCGACGGCGGCGGCGGCGGAGACGAAAAGUGAAAGAACUCCCGCCGAAGGGACCGGACCGUCUCCGGGUGGUCGACUGGUGCGCGACGCGGAAAAAACUGGCCUGGGGGACCAAAAAGACACUGGUUCCACUGUGAUCCUGAAGAGGGCCAGUCCCACUCACUGCCCUGGCAUGAACGGGUGGUUGCCAGGCGGCUUCAAGCAUCUGGACAUCAGCAACCCAGGGAAACAGGCAGAGCUUGCCAACAGCUUCGGGGCAGCACAAGUGCAACACGUACCACCGACAGAAAGACAACCCCUCCCUUCUUCCCACAUCCCUGUGCCCAGAAACAGGAAGCCCUCAGGUCACGCUGAUAAGGAAGUGAUGGCUGCCACCGUCCUGACCUCGCUGUCCACAUCCCCUUUGGUGCUCUACCCUUCAUCUGCAUCUACAGUCCCAGAGCCAGCCAGCAGGGCUUGGAAAGAGGUGCUAUCAGCUAGCUACAGCAGUUCAACCAGCGGCAACUGGAGCUGGGAUGCCAGCGACCAAUCGGUGCCCUCCACGCCAUCCCCACCUCUCUCCAAUGAUACCAACAAGAACUUCCUGCUCUCAUCCCUGGGUGAUGACGUCAAUGAGGACGUCACAGAGAGCACGCACUUCAUGUUUGAGGACCCCAUACCCCGGAAGCGAAAGAACUCCAUGAAGGUGAUGUUCAAGUGCUUGUGGAAGAACUGUGAAAAGGUCCUCAGUACUUCCUCAGGGAUCCAGCGGCACGUCCGCACCGUCCACCUGGGGCGUAACAGCGACUCAGACUACAGUGAUGGAGAGGAGGACUUUUACUACUCAGAGAUUGAGGUCAACAUGGACAGCCUGACGGAGGGCCUGUCCAGCCUCACACCCACCUCCCCAACCACGGCCGGUCCGCCGCCCGUCUUCCCGCCUCCGCUUGCCGACGUCCCUCACUCUGAACACAUCAACAUGAACGGUUCACAGUGCCACGCCCCGACACUGCUCAGUCAGUCCGCUCCCUCCACGCUCUGCCACAUCCGCACUGACCACGCCUAUCAGGCCACUGCUCCAGUGAGUGUCCCAGUGGGUCCCGAGCUGGCAGGGUUAGACAGUGGUAAUGGGACCCGGCCUGGAACUGGGAAUGACAUCAGUGUGUCGUGGCAGCCCCCUCCUGUCAUUUUCAAAGGCGUCCCGGGGCCUGUGACCAACGUCCGAACUGUCAGCAUCGGUGAAAAGCGGCAGCCGGCAGCCCACACACACACCACUGUCAACAAGAGCUACGCUUUAAUCACACCACCGGGGAAGUCGAUACCAGGAACCAGGAAACCCCGUGGGGAGGCGAAGAAGUGCCGAAAGGUGUACGGCAUGGAGAAGAGAGACAUGUGGUGCACAGCCUGCCGCUGGAAAAAAGCCUGUCAGAGAUUCACCGACUGAUCCAGUCCCCUCGCCGGCCACGUCUGGGAGAGAUGAGCUCUUCCUCACUCAGAGUGAUGACGAGGACGACUCUUCCGUUUUCCAAAUGUAAAGAGAAAAUAAAACCGGUGGGUUGAAAAAAAACAAAAAAAAUCAGCAAGAAAAAAGAACUUUAUGCAGGUUUGGAGACUUUUUCUAAGACUGAGACAUUUUUCACUUUGAUGACGAAUAAGGAAAAAAAGAAAAGAAACAUUUAAAUUGGAUUCUGAACCGUCUGAUUUUUUUUUUUUUUUUGUUAAUCACAUUUUAACAGUCUCAACUCAAGGCAACAUUUAAAGACUUCAGAUAAGCUUUUUUGGUAUACUCUGUUCGUUGUUCACUAUAGGAGCAUCAUGUAAGCUACUGUUUACGCGGCAGAUCGUGACUCCUUUUGGAGGUUCAAGGGUUAACCAGAUUUGCUUGGUUAGACCUCUGUAGCAUAUCUGUUUUUCAUUAUCACUGUUUAAGGGACGUCAAACCUACCAAAGGCAAAAAAGCCUGUUCACUUACAACCAACAGCGUAGGUAUAAACUCAAUACCAAAUCCAGCAUCACUGUCUUCUGCAGUCUUUCUGGGUAACGACUGUACGUUUGUUUAAUAUCUAACAACCUAUCAAAUCCAGCACAGCCAGCGACACGUCUUCAAAUUUAGCAAAAAAUGCACAAAAAAACUCACACCAAGUGGUACAAAGAGUUUCCCCCUUGACUUUCCUAAAUAUUUUUAAAGAGAUGUACACAAUAUAUGAAAUAUAUAUAUUCCUCUCUGUUUUUCUUAAAAUGUUGCCCUAGAGAUAUGCGCCUUGAAGAAAUAAGUCGUCUUUUCAGAGUACCACUGUAACCGCAGCGCAUGCUUGAGAGAGGGGAUGUCUAUUUCUUAUAUAGAGUUUAUUUUCAGCGAUGAGUUUCUUAAGCAAUGAGCAGUUGCACUGUGCAAUCGGCAGAAUUACAGCAUUUAUUAUUGUAUUUCUCGCUUUGUGGUUGUCGAAAGGCUCAGUUUUUUAUCUUUCCUUUCCUUUGACAGCUGAUUUUCUCAAAGAGAUUGUUUACCACAAUGAAUGAUACGUGAAUGAUAGCUGCCCUCUAAAACUUUAACUUAAAGUCUGACUGAUGUGAAUUGUGUUUGUAGGUAAAUAACAUAAGAGACUGUGACCCAACAAUCACUGGCUAAGUCAGGCCUAAGUCAUUUGUUACAGUUUUGAAUGGAGAUGUUACUCAAUCUGUAGUAGUUAGAGUAAUUAUAGUUAACCAGCAUUGCGACAUUUGUAGAUGCCCCACCUAACUUCACAGUGGCCGUGUUUUUAGUAGAUGUAGUGCUCGAUCUUUUAGAAUGAUCUUUCACUCUGGUCUGACAUUUGAAAAUUAGAAUUUGAUCAAGUAAGUGCAGAGCAGAAGAAGUUGACUGUAGACUGAUUCAUGUAGAACUAAGUGUAGCAAGAGUUUUAAAGUGUUGUACCAAAGUUAAGUCUUACUUUUUAGAAUAGGCCUGUGAUAGUCCCAAACUUCAGAUUAAAUUUGGUGGUAGAUUUUUAGUUUGUGAAAAAAUUAUAUAUUAUAGCCCUUUCAUCUUUUUCCUUUCUUAAGCAAUUUCCAGCAUUAUCUGCCAUCCUAAGAAAAUGGCACCCUUUAAAAUUAAAACCCAAUUUGUUACCUGCUUUGCAUCUCUAUUACCUGCCCCGGGUAUGAACCAGCAAAAGAAAGAAAAAAAAAUGCAAAGGCGGUGGCAAUCUUAUAAUUUCUUUUUUUUUUUUUUUUUUUUCUAGAAAUAUUUGUAAAAGACACAGGAGUGUCCCUACAUGAAAGUAGAAGACGUUGCCCCACAUCAGUAGUCAUAAUUAAUGUUUUUUUAAGCCAUUCCCGUGUGACAAUUUGAACGUUUUCAUGUUUCCCCUCAUCAGCUUGGUUAGAAAAUAACCUGCUUCCCGUACCCAUAUAGCAGAGUCAAUGUUUUUAUUUGUGUCGUUCCAAAAUCACAAAUUUGCCUCAAAGUACUUCACAGUGUGUACAACUUUGUGACAACAUCAUCCUUGGACCCACAGAUGAGGAAAAAAAAAAAACAAUUGAACCUUUACCAGGUUUUUUUCUGGUCUUAUGACAGCAGAUGUAUAUUUAUGAAACAGAUUCUCCCUUGACACUGUUUGUUAGCAGCUUUUUGAAUGUAGACUCUGCUGCGUGUCCUCUGCUCUCGAAGUUCUCCUGACACUGACCUUGCCUAGUUACCAUAGCAACGUACUACAAACACACACACACACACUCAUGCAAAUACAGAGUGCCUGUCCUUCCCUUUAUAAGUUAAGUAUCAGCGCGGCUUCAGACAGCCGCACUAUAGAAAAACACCUGCCCUGUCCUCCGUCGCCUCAGGGUUACUCGCGCUGUCGGCUGAUGCCACACGGCCGUGAGCGAGCAGUCAUCACUUCUCAGCGAAAGACGAGAAGCACACGUCUGAUUGUUCAUUGUCAGGUGUCAAGUCAAUGGGUAAAAAAAUAUUGAAAAAGCACACGUGGUUGCUGUGAUAGUAGUUAUUAAUAUAUCAUUCAGUUUCCUGUGGUAAACCACCACGAUGUUUUGAAAAAUUACCAAUCCUGCCUGUAAAGUGUUUAUUCCAGUGGUGUCCCAGAUAAGCUAGGCCUCCCUCUCUCAGCUCUCUCUCGGGAGGCCUCUUCCGGUCAGAAACUUCACAAAGUGCCAAUGAAAAGAACAUUAAAAAGGAAAAGGUGUACUGACCUGAUGAAAUUGCACUAUGUCGCUCUGCGCAAAGACAUGUUUUUUAUACAUGGACGUUUUAUAUACGCAAAUUUUUUAAAGUGAAAAGAUUUUCUCUUUUUUUUUCUUCAAGGGGGUAGGGAGGGGUGUCUUCACUGCCCGAUGGAGUAAAUGGGGUAUCAGGGAUUGGGGUUCUGUGCCCCUGGAGCCCCCCGUUAUCAGCAAGUGAUCUCGACAGUCAAUGUCUCGCUCUCUGUGUCGGAUUUAUCGUACUAAACGUUGUGGUGCUGGCAGUUGUAGAAGUGAGGUACUGGGAAGUACAGCGUGGUACUUGGGUCGUCAGUCACUUUGCCUUUUCCUUGGAGGAGAGCCAAGGGCCGAGCGCAGAACCUGCCUUGUCUCAGUGAUGGGAAAACACCGGUCUCAGUCGGUUGCUACACAUUGGCGUCUUGAUAACAGAUGUAUUUACAGCGUUUUAUUGCCUAGAGUUUUUCCAUAACAUACACACUUUUUAUCCAUAAAGAUCGUCUUUGUGCUUCCUUUACUUAAACAAAAACACAAAAAAAACAGUUUCAUGCUUCUUUUACAUUUUCCUGAGCUGAGGUAGUAAAUGUUCUUAGUGCUGGAUACCACGUUUAUAAUUCUGUUAUCUCUGGUUUGGUCAAAUACCAAGUGUCAAGCGAAACCUAUUCAGCUCCCUCUCCGUCCUCAGUUUAAGCACUUUUAGAUUCCACCAGCAGGGUUAGAGGCCGACGCUUUCGCUUGCAGCGAAUGGGAAGUUGUUAGCACACGUUUAACUUCCCGUGCCACCUUUUUUUUCUUUCUUCUUCUUCUUCUUUUUCGAGAUGCACUAGAUGGCCCGCGUCGAUUAAGGCCCACCUGCAUCCUUACUAAGGGCUCAGCUCUGCCGGUGGUGGUCGAGUCCAAGAAGAACUGUGGGUGCAAAUGUUGCCCCCUUUGGACAUGAGAGAACUUAGUUGGUCGAUUUUCUGCGAAAUAGCUCAAGAAAUUCCAACUUUCACGUAGAUAAGGAGAGAUGGAUGUUGACGACGACGCGAUGGGUGUGCAGAGAAACUGGAGAAUGACAAUAGAGGGGAAGCAGACGUGAGACAAAGUGACGGUAUAGAUGGAUUUCGCUGUUUCAGGGCUUUCUUGUACAUAUGCAACAAAAGAGAACCGUGGGGCUUUUUUUCAUAUAUUGUUGUUUUCUUUGUUGUUGUAUCUCUGCUAUAUGAAAAGGAAACUUUUUUUUUUUUUUUUACAGUACAGUUGCUCAGAAUAUUUUUCUUUCAAAAAAAGUCAAUUGAGAAGCUAUAGUGAAUAUAACACGUAAUGAUUCAAUGUAUAUUGUAGCUUUGAGGCAAAGGGGAGAAAAACCUGUUGAAUGUAAAACCUACAAAAAGAAAAAAGUCUUUUUUUGAUGUUGUUGUUGUUGUUUAUACUUGUUGGCUAGUUUGUAACCGCCUGUAAUGAACCAGUCGCUCAUUCUGAUUUUAGCAUCCUACCACUUCUGCCACCCACAAAACAGCUGUCGCCACACUGCUAAAUCAUAACACAACCAUGCAGUAUUGCUUUAUUAUCUCACCUUGUGCAAUGAUACGCUUCAUAAUGGAACAAGAACUAACUUGAGCUUUUUCUCGAUGACGACUGGGCUCCUCGCUCACCCUGUUGCUGUUUGUCCUCUCGCCCUGCCAAAUGGAAUUUUUGUUUUGGAAUAAGUUUGGUUAUCGUGGAUGUUGUGUGUGUGUGUGUGUGUCGUUGUGACGUUAAGGUGUUGAUAGGCAGGAUAACCUUCGCCCCUUUGGUCAUGAUGAAAAACGUUCACCUUUCUUUUAUCCUGCCCUGCACAUUCCAACAGACGGCACGCUUUCAGUGUUUUCCCACCCGUUUCCUACUCGACGUAUCCUUCCCACUUCCUUUCACUACAGUGAUUCUUCUCCGAUCACCUCGUCCUCCUCCAUUUUCCUGUUCUUGUGCUCUCCAGCUUUACUGUGGUCCCACCUAAAGCCUUCACCCAGAAUAUUAAGCUAAACUAAACCCUUGAAAUGUGCAUAUAAAAUAAAAAAAGCCUUCGUAUUUUUCCAAAUAUGUAAAAAAAAAAAAAAAAAUAGUGUGCUGCUUUCUUGAAUGUCAGUUUUCACGUGUGUUUUGUAAACAAGCAGCAGCAGCAAAGCCAAUAGAUUCUCCUUCCAAAUCAAAUGUAAUGCAUUGCGAUGGCAGCUCCACUCAGUUUCUUCUACUGUGCUCUUAUUGUUUUGUUCAGGCUUUUACACUCUUCGUCUGUCAAAUCUCUCAUUUGAUGACCUUUUUCUUUUUUUUCUUCUCCCGUUGGGUUUUCACUGAGCCUUUCACUGGCUGGCGUGAAAACUGACUUUUGCUUGUUUUUGUGUUCUUAUUGAUUGAUUGAUUGAUUGUCUGGUUGAGUUUGAGGUUGUUUUGCAUGUCUAGCAUCGCUCGAUUUGUUUUGGUUUUUUGUGUGUGUUAGGAGAAAGAACACUGAAGGGUUUUUAUGUGUUAGAUUUCCACCUUUCAUUCCCUGAUGACCUGAGGGUGAUGUAGGUUGUUUUCCUCUAAAUGUAAACAUGCUCAUUGCAACGCAACAUGCACGCACGCACGCGCACACACACACACACACACACACACGUACACACGUACACUUGUACACAUUUCGAGGGAAACAUAACAUCAGCCUUGGGUCUUCACUGCAGGGCAAGAUUCUCCCCCCCCCCCCCCCCCGCGGUGUGUGGGCUCAGCCUCUGGUCUUCAUCAACAGUCCCACCACACGUGGAGGAAGCACUUUCUGAGGAGUGGUGCACUCAAAAAAAGAGUAUUUGUGUGAAUGUCAAGCCUGUGACUAGUGCUUGAAAAGAUGGAUGACCAUGUAUGAUGCUGAUAAUGUGAUGAUCUAUGUGAUGUAAUGUGACAGAAAGAAAAUAAACCUGAAUGGAAGAUG